GUGCCCUUCGAAAAGAAUUUCUCACAGAAAUGGUCGCCGGAAUCGAGACUCGUUUCUUUGAAGGACCACCACACCAAAAAAGUCCACGCUAUUCCCUUACUGACUUUGACAGUGGACUCUUCAGGACUGUUGGUGAGAUUCUGGCCGUCAGUUUGGCACAAGGAGGUCCUGCCCCUACAUUUUUCAGCCAGUGGGCUUACAGUUACCUCUGCAAUGGGCAGAUCAACCCAACACAGCUGGAUAAAAAUACAGUGGCAGAUUCACAGUUGCGGUUACUGAUUGACCAGGUGGAAUCUUCAACUGAGCAGUCACUUCAGGGCCUUACUGAUGAGGUUUUAAACUGUGGAUUCACUGGAGCCAUCUCGGUUCAAAACAAGGAACCGAUUGUCCGAGCCAUUACACUCCAUGCUGUGCUUAGAUUGCAGCCAAUGUUGGAACAACUCAAGGAGGGUUUGCAGCUGUAUGGCCUCCACCUGCUGAUUAAGCAAUACCCAGAAAUCUGCCAGCCUCUCUUCGUCCUUGGGGGAGAUGUGAAAGUUAAUGCCGAGUUUGUCAUGGCGUCCAUUCACCCUCAGCUGAGUGAGAAGGGAACCUCCAAGCAUCAGGUUGAGCUGGACCUGGUUAACUUCAUUCAGGACUUGCUUUAUGAGUCAGAAGAAGGUCAAGAACAUGUAGCUGACGAAGAUGGCCCAAGAUCUAUCACACCUGCCAGGUUUCUGCAAUGGAUCACCGGUCAAGGCCAUGUUCCUCUCCUCCCCUCAGAAAAGAGGUGGUGGUGGUAA